UCUACAUCAUCGCAUACUGAAGCCACCUAGUCCGCCUUGCGCGCAGACUUCUGCAUUUACGGUAGCUUCAUUUGCAACGGGGAGGGGCCACAGGGCCCCAUACCGCUCUCAUUGUCACCACAGCUCUCUUCCUAUCCAAGGGCAUUAGUGCCGCUCAGCAGCCUGAACCUCCAGAAGCCGCUGCCUUGCCCCCUCCCCCUUGUGUCCUCUUUGCAGACAAAAAGCUGGAAUAACUGCCCCACCAGAGAAGACGCCUCAGCUCGUCGCUUUCCUAUCUCAUUGAUCACCGACGACAGCUUUUCAACUUCGACACAACAGGUGACCCUUCCCCUCCCCGGAUUCCCAGCAGGCAGGUAUGGCAGACGGUCAGCAGCCAGAGGGGCACUGGGCCUCCAACGGCCAGGAGAAUGGCGAGAAUGGCUACUCCGCCUACAGCUCGGCCUAUAGAGAGAAUGGAUACCACGGGGGCGGGGCGGCUGCGCAUCCUGGGACGUCAGUGGAUGACUCAGCCAAUUUGCCUCCCUCCCCUCCCCCCUCUCCAUCCGCUGAGCAGAUUGGGCCCGUGGCACAAGCCCAGCCAGAAGAGAGAGUCAGUAAACCAUCUUGUGAGUCCACUAUGAAGGAAGAUGAACCAUCGCCACCUGAGAAACAAAGAGCAAAGGCAGAAGGAGAAGAACCUGCCUCGACUGGCCCUCCCCUUCUUUCUGAUAGAGAGAAACCUCUCCCCUGCACUUCCUCAACAGAGCAGGGUAAUCAAGACAGAGAGGGUGGGAAGGAAGAGGUCACUGACAGAAAAUUACUUUCAGAGUCUAAAGAAAAAGAAGCAAAAGAAGUUGUUGUGACAGAGGCCUCAUCAGAACUUAUGGCAGAAGAAAAAGAAGAAGCAGGAAUUAUCUUACCAAGUGAGUCAGGGUCAAAUAUGAAUGAAAGCAAAGAAAAAACUGAUGUUUUUGAGGCGGUUAAUAAGGAGGACCAGCAUGGUGCAAAUGACUGUAGAUUGCAUGACACACCACUGCUCACUGAUAUUCAAAAAACAGACCUUUCGCAAGAAACUCUGACGUCAAGUCCAGAACUUGACAGAUCGGAUGUUUCAGGAUCAAAAACCUACUUUGACACAUCCAUGGAGGGUCGAGAAGAAGAGUUGCCACAAACCCAGAGCUAUUAUGAGCUCAGCACAACGGCAGAGACAAAAUUAAGUGGAGAUGAUGAAAACAUUGUGCAGAAUAUGGAGAAACAACAAAAGCAAAAUGUCAACACAUCUUCUGGUAAACUGGGACUGGAACAAAGAAGUCUUUCCUUGAACAUUACUGUUGGGUCUUCAGCCGGACAGACGGUGAAGGAAGAGAAAUCAAGGAUCUUCAUGGGAAGCUUGUAUCCAAUCAGUGGAAGCUAUGAUGAAUCAGAGGUUUAUCCGUCAACUCCAUCUGUGGUGAGCCAUCCACCUACAUUUCCACCAGCUGUCUCCAUUACCCCAACUAACACUGAAACACCUGAAAAUAUCCCCACCGUGGCAGAUGAGCCCUUACCUUAUGAUAAGCACACAGAUAGUUCUAAACAAUCAGGAAGCCUCUCUGAGAUGUUGGACCUGGCUGGUGCCCUACCUCGUCCAUCCCUGGAGAGGAUGGAGGUUGACUACAUGAGAAGAAAGUCAGUGCCCGCCAAUGUAUCUGCCCUUGUGGGAAGUUCUUUAGCCAAGCUUGCCUUGACAGAUCAAGCCCCAAGUGUUGUCUCACAAGAAAACCAGCUGGAGGAGGUGGGCUACUGUGUCUUCAGUGAGUAUUCAGGGCCCAUGCCUUCUCCCGCUGAUGUACCCAGUCCCGGGGAUUCUCCACACCAGCGUUUCCCUUCUGUAGAGGGGGAAGUAGAGGAGGAUCUAGGGGAUUUGAAAGCAAAAGAUGUUUCAAAAGGAAUACAACAACAAGAUUACAAAGAGGUUACCCCUGUGAUCGCUCAAAUACCAGUGGUAGAAAAGAAAGGCUCACCAGUAAAGUCUAACCUGAUCCUUGAAAAAGCUGUAACCAGUGGAAUAAAACCGGAUCGGCUAAGAAUCCCAAUGACUACUUCAAAAGACAGACUGAGUGAAUUUCGUUUGGAGACUGGGUUGCCAGGGAACAUAAAGAUUCAAGCUAUCCCUGAGGUAGAUGUUGAAAAAGACCCAUCAAGAGAAGCUUCACCUAUCCCACCAGACAGUUCGUUCACUUUCGCGCCUACAGAAACUGGAACCAAGGUUCCUCCAACUCCAACAACCCCCAAGUCCCCAGAUGACACAUCAUCAGAAACCCAAACUGCAGGAGAGAAAGCACAGAAAGAUGACCCAUCAGAGCUAAAAGCAUCUGAAAACGUUGAUAAUAAACAGUCAGAGUUAGACAAAGAAAAUCUGAAUCCUGAGCAGAAAGAAUCUGAAGAAAGAAGUGAUGAACCAGAAAUGCCAAACAAAGACUUGGCUUCAGGAUUAUCUCAGUCUUUAGAAGAGAGCACAGACAAAGCUAAGACAAUCCAAAGUGGGCAACAGACCUCAAACACUGCUCAGGAUUUAAUUACUACAAAGCACACAGAUGAGAAAAAUGACCAGCAGCAAAACAGCAGUCUGGUGAAAGGCUCACCGAAGCUCCAAAUAUCUUCUCCGAUCAUCAUUAUCCCUCAAGCACAAAUAGAUGAAGAAGCAGAGGAGGAAGAUGAUAUUGAGAUUGCAGAGGAGCCUCAAGAGAUAAUGGAAGAAGCCCAAGAGCCGGAUGAAACAAGGAAGAGUCAAACUGAAGAAGCUGGGAAGGAAGAGCAAAAGACAGAACAAGUGAGACUGAUGGUGGAUGACCAGAUGUUGGAAGAAGAUCCAAAGUCUGGAGCAGAAGAAUGGAGUCACAGCGCCCAAAACAGUGACGAACCUGCAACAGACAGUUCGCACUUGUCUCCCUGCUCUGACCACGAGCUGACACAGCAAACAGAGGAAGGAGGCAGAGAAGACAUGGAGGCAGAUAAAAUAGAAGAGGACUUAGACACAGAUAAGGUGAAAGGGAAGACAGACGAGUACGAAGGGGUGAAGAAAGAGGAAACAAAGGAGGAAAAGAAAGGAACGGAAGAUCAUAAAAUGAUAGAAGAAGAGGAUGGAAAGAAGGUGAGGAAGGUGGAGGAGGAGACCUCGGAUGUUCUUAGCCAGACCGAUCAAGCACCUAACGAUGAAACCACCAUGGACGUGUCCAUCCUAGAUACAGACAGUGGCUGGAUGGAUUCACAAGAUGAUGACAAAAGUAUUAUGACUGAGCAAAUCGAAGCCCUUCCUCAGCCCCAGAGCUCGACCAAUAAGCCUGUGGUGGUGGACAGACCCGCUAAACGGGGCCCCGGCAGAUCAAGGGCCACCACUGAGUCUAAAGUAUCCCGCAAAGUACUGAGCCACCAUCCACCAAGAGAGGAGAUAAAGAAGAAAAAAGUAGGCAUCAGGAGGGCUGACCAGAGUAAGGUGUCAGCCCUCCAAAGUCAUUCCCCGUCUCGAAAGGGUGUAGCCAAAGCGGCGGCCAGACAUCCUAGGCCUGCUCUGCUUCACGGCUCUGCUAGACGCAAGGCCACAGGUGUGGAGCACCAUCAGCCCCUCAGUGUGGCCCACCAGUCCAGGGAGAGGACCACUUCUCGACAGAGAAAAUCUAGCCCCACGAGGGCGGUUGUAUUAAAGAUGGCAGUGCAGCGUCGGGGGUUUGAUCGCGAGCCCCCCCGGCCCGGCUCUGCCUGUAGCCUUAAACGGAGCCCCCUCGUACAGGCGGAGCUCUGCGAGGCCCGUCCCUCCUCCGCGUGCUCCCGCCCAUCACCUCUGUCUAAGAAAUGGGUGGAGAAGGAGAGAGCGUACCGGAGCCCCGAGAAGAAGUCAUCCCUCCCCAGGCCGGCCAAGUCUCUGACACGCCACAUCCCGGCUGCUGAACAGGAGGACAACAGCACCCCCUCCAGGCCAACCUGUACAGACUCGGCGCGUUCCCGAUCAGUCCACAGUGGCGCCUCCACCCCGGGCUCCUCCGCCGUCACACCCGGCACGCCCCCUAACUACUCCUGCCGCACGCCCGGCUCGCGCACCCCGGGCAGCCACACGCCCAAGUCCUUCAGCGUCCUCCAGGAGAAGAAGGUGGCAGUGAUCCGAACCCCACCCAAAUCUCCAUCCUCUGUCCAGCGGCAGCUGAAGGUCAUCAAUCAGCCUCUGCCUGACCUGAAGAAUGUGAAGUCCAAGAUCGGCUCCACCUCCAACAUUAAGCAUCAGCCGAAGGGCGGACAGAUCCAAAUCCAGACCAAGAAGAUCGACCUGAGCCAUGUCACCGCUAAAUGUGGCUCCUUUUCCAACAUCCACCACAGACCAGGGGGAGGACAUGUGCGUAUCGACAAUGUGAAGCUGGACUUCAAAGAGAAGGCCCACGCCAAGGUCAACUCUCUGGAGAACGCCAGCCACACUCCUGGAGGCGGGAACAUAAUGAUCGAGAGCCACAAGCUGAAUUUCCGGGAUUCGGCCAAAGCUCGGGUGGACCACGGUGCGGAAAUCAUCGUCACCCACUCCCCUGGCAUCGAGACGGGAGGCACCUCUCCUCGCCUGUCUUCCUCCGGCAGCAUCAACCUCCUGGAGUCGCCCCAGCUCUCCACGCUGGCCCAGGAUGUCACCGCUGCCCUGGCCAAGCAGGGCUUAUGAGCCAGCUGCCUCUGCUUAGGAAAAAUACAAAUCCACACCAUCACCCCUCCUUUUCCCAUCGUUCCCAUCACAAGCUUCCAGUGUUUAACGUAACCCCCACAGUUGUAGCUGGUUGACCAUCUCAUCCAAUCAACGAUCCCUCCGGCCCUUCCAAGCGGGAUUUAAAAAAACUGAAUUCUUCAUAAAUCUUCAUCGACACUCCCCGUCUGUCGGUCUGCUUUUUAUCCUCUCAUUCACUCAAACGUGGACUUUUCUGUUUUAGAUAAGCUGAAUGCCAAGGUUCAAGUGGUUCAAGAAGGUGGUUUUACGAUUGUACAGGAUUUUUCUUUGGUCCUUUUUCUGUUCAUCUUUACUUCUUUUUCUUUGGUGCGUUGAAAAACACCAACACAUUCCCACUCGCACGGGGCUAAAAAUUUCAAGUUGGACUGACGUCCAUUCAGAAUUUAGACGGUACUGAAUGCAAGAUAUAGCUACUAGACAGUAGGUGCUAGUCUUAAAGAUAAGCGAGAGACUUAACUGACCUGCAAAAGAAUGGCUGAUGAGCAUGUCUGCAAAAAAACAACAUAAAAAAGAAAAGUGUGUGACAUGAACUUUUCUUUGUUGCGUUUGUUGGAUUUCCUGAAUUGUGCUGAAUUGUUGGACAAACUUGUGUUCUCUUGUUUUCUUUUUAUAUAUAAAUAUAUAAAAAAAAUAUAUGUCACUGUAGUUGGAAGUAUUUACAGUUUUGUACGUUCCCUGUGGCUGCUCUGGCUUAUUAGCAUUUAAAUGUGGAUAACCAUUGCAGCUCUGUUGAGUCGGGCGCUAAAAGGCUAGCUUUCCAAUAGAUUUUUGUGUUUUAGUUUCUUCUCUCGUCAGCCGUCGGGCUGCGCCGCCCCUUCCACCCUCUCUUCUUUUUAUUUUCUGGUUUUACAUUAGCGCUGUGGUUUUUAUUAGGCUACAACAAUGCUGUUAUGCUGGCAUGGCAAAUAAAUGAUAAAUAAAUUAGAUCUAUUUGGAGCGAUCUUCGACUUUUCUGUGUGGGUGUAAAAUGGCCCGGGUGCAUUCUAGCACACGGGCCCCUGUGACCUUGCUCCUUUUGCAAAGACUGGGUUGUGUAGUGUAUUUGAGUGGGUAAAAGCCCCGAAUUUUGUUUUAAAAAGUGUUAAGUGUGAAGCUUUAUAUGAAAACAUUCCAUUUGAAAGAAGUUUUUGAACGUUUGCAGAGAUAAAGAAGGUAAAGAAUGGGAAUAAUACCCCACAAACCUGCAGCUUUUAGAAGUUUUUUUUUAAAAAAAAGAAUAAAAAAAUGUUCUAGCAUAUUCUCUGCUCACCAUUAUGAGACUCCCCCCCUCCCCACCUCCCCUCCUGAUGUCACCUACCCUUCCAGUGUUUUUCUGUGCUUCCUAUAUCCCUCCCCCUCUUUGCCUGUGUAAGUGUAUUUAAAAAAAAAAGAUUUAAAAAAAUUGUAGAUGUGUGCACACUUUCCGGUGUUUGAGACGUACUGAUGACAAAAUGCUCCUACAGGAUGAUGGCAACAACAAAAAUAAAGAAAUAAAAGAAAUAAAAAACUGGUUCAUUCUAGUCUUGUGGAUCAAUUCUUUGAAAAUACUCGUCUUUUUGUGAAAAACACGUCAACCUGCAUGUGUGGCGUGCCUGUUUGGUUAUCAUCAGCACGUGUUUUGAAGGCUAAAUAAAAAUGUCAUUAUUAUUCAUUAAACAAGAGGCAUUGCUGGC